AUAGAGAGCAAUAGAGAGCAAUAGAGAGCAAUAGAGAGCAAUAGAGAGAGAGAGAGAAGAAAGAAAAAAAAUGCAUACAGUCUAGGUUAGCUUUCAGGAGAUUUUGGGCACUGAAUACACUGUGAGUAUUUCUUUCUUUCUUCCCCGUAUUUCUCUUAUUGCAAGCACCAGUUAGACUCUACUCUUACCCUCCAGCUCCUCUCCUCCGCCAUGACCCGCCCCGCCACCAUCUCACUUGGACUUCUGCUCCUCCUCAUUGGCUACACAGCAGCAGGACCUGAGUCUGAGCUCCAACCCAGAGCUGUGCGGUCGAGUGCCUGUCAGGACCACAGUACUCUUCAUGACAGACUGGAUGUAGUGGAGAAGCGUGUAGAGGACACAGUUCAGAAGCUGGAGGAUGAGCUGGCUGUGCUCCUGGAUGCCAUAGAGGCCCCUGAGUGGAGCCCCCUGCUGGAAACUGCUGGAAAACCUGUGGUGGACAUCCUGGAUGGCCAGGGACUGGGAGAAGGUGGCGAUUCCUGAGAGAGGAGAGCAGAGAUCUCUGUUGAGGGGCUAUGCUACUUCACUCUGCCCUGAUGAGGGUGCACCUGGCAAGGACAGACAAUGAAAGAUACUUGAAUGUACAAUCUUUGUUUUUCUGGACUUGAAAGUGUACACAAACUAUAUAAAACAAGCCCUUUGAUGAGUAAACACAGGCUUAGUAUGUAUUCUGUGCAACAGUUGAUAGAUCACGACACUAAUGCUUACUUGACUGCAUAAUACACUCCUCUAAUCCUCA